AUGCUGCUGUUUGCUUGUGCGGCGAGUGCGACCCGCACUCGUUUCCUGCGCGGUGAGACAGACAGACAGACAGACAGAGACGAAUAACGCAGAGAGAGGGAGAGCGGUGGGUCCAUGUCUCUCUGUCUGUCUGUUUCUGUGUGUGUGUGUGUGUGGUCAGCGGACGGUUCGUCACUUGGUGCGCUGACUGCGGGUGCGACGGAGGGUGCGUAUUCGGUGGCCGGUGAGGUGAUGGAUGCCUUGAGCAAGAUGCGCCAGGCCAGCUACCACACCCUGAUCGGCACGGCCGUCCUCGUACUCACUGCCAUCGCAAUGCUCACAUCCGGUGAGACACAGACAGACAGACACACACCGAGAGUGAGACACACAAUGUCUGUCUGUCUCUGUGCUGUGUUGUGUUGUGUCGUCAGGAGUUGUGUUCGGCUGGUUGACUUACAGUAAGUCUGCGGCCCGUGUGUGCGGCGUGCUGACGACUUCCAUCGUGGCCAUCGCUGGCGCGGCGUACGUGCUCAUGUCAUUGGGCUACGGCGUGACGGCUGUCGGUGGGCGAGAGCUCUACUACGCCCGAUAUGCCGACUGGCUCGUCACCACACUGCUGCUGCUGGUACCACACUCACACUCACAGACACACAGGUGGGUGGACGUCUCUCUGUGUCUGUGUGCAGGUUGACAUUCUGCUGUUCGCUGGCGUGUCGUGGAAGCCCAUCGUCGCCCUCUGCACACUCGACGGUCAGUGAGCGAUCCACCAAGACACACACACCCAUCCCACGUCUCUCUCUGUUUGUGUGCGUGUGUGUGCAGUGCUGAUGAUUGGGACGGGGUUUUUGGCUGUGAUUGUGUCGACGACCGCGGCCAAGUGGUCUCUGUACCUCUCGGGUGUGGCGUGUCUGCUGCCCAUCGCCAUGAUACUCUACCAGGAGGCAACCGACACUCAGCUGGUCCUGGUGCCGUCUGCAAUCGCCAGCCGGCUGCCGUCUGCAGCGCCCACCAAAGUGCCCCUCCUCGCUAAGACCGCCACAGCCAAGGAGGGCGCCGACGCGGUCCUCGCGGCCUACCGCAGAGCCACAUUGCUCACCCUGUGCGCGUGGGUGUCAUAUCCUGUGGUAUGUACCCAGUCGUGUGCACGCCCACACACACACACAGAGGGGCGGGAGGAGCACUCGUGUAUGUGUGUGUGUGUGUGGUUUUUUUUUUGUGAUGGCAUGGCAGGUGUGGGUGUUGGGUGAGGGGCUGUUUGUGCUGCCGCUCGACAUGGAGAUACUCGCAUACGCCGCUCUCGACGUACACACACAUCGACACACACACAUCCAUCCACCAGCGGUGUCAUGUGUGUGUGUGUGUGUGGCAGGUGAUGAGCAAGGUCGUGCUGGGCUUCGUGCUGCUCACGGACUUCUCGCUCUCCGCCAAGGCAACCCACACACACACACACCUCCCUCUCCCUCUCUCUGCCGAAUAUCAUUUGUGUGUGUAUGUGCGCAGGACGUGUCGUUGUCUGCGGCUGCGGACGUGGCCAAGGCGGCGUACAGCUAUGCGGCAGAGGCGUUCGGCAAGGCGGGCGACAGCAUCAAGAAGGGAUCCACCACAGCAUUCGAGACGCUCAAGAAGCCAUUCACCAAGAAGGAGACCCCCAGCACCACCGACAGCGGCGCCCCCACCGCCACCACCCAGCAGCAGACAGCAGCAGCCGCCGCAGCACCGCAGCGGACCGGCUUGUUCGGCCUCGGCCGCCGACAGUCGUGA